UUUUGCCCAACGCUCCUCCAUUUCGAGGCAAAACAAAUAUCUCAGAGGACAUCGACUUUCCCGCGCAUUUGAAUUGAAAAUUCUCCGAUCGAUGGCUCCGAAAUCCGAUAGCGCCGAAGCAAUCGUGCUCAACUACGUGAACGAGCAAAAUCGGCCUUUAAAUUCUCAAAACGUGGCUGAUUCUCUGCAAAAGUUUAACCUCAAAAAGGCAUCCAUUCAAAAAACACUGGAUACACUUGCUGAUAGCGGGAAGAUUUCAUUCAAAGAGUAUGGUAAGCAGAAGAUAUACCUUGCCCGUCAAGACCAGUUCAAUAUCCCCAACAAUGAAGAGCUUGCUUCUAUGAAGGAAGAGAAUGCCAAACUGCAGGAACAGCUCGAACAACAAAAGAAAGCAAUCACUGGGGUUGAGGGAGAAAUUAAAAUUUUGCAGUCAAAUUUAACACUGGAACAGAUAUAUGACAAGGAAGAAAAACUGAGGAAAGAGGUCAAGGAAAUGGAGGACAAAUUAGUUAAAUUGCGUGGAGGAGUUACCCUGGUUAGGCCAGAGGAAAAAAGGGCAGUUGAAGCCAUCUAUUCAGAGAAAAUGAGCCAGUGGAGAAGGCGUAAAAGGAUGUUCAAGGAUCUCUGGGAUGCUAUCACUGAGAACUCACCUAAGGAUCUAAAGGAAUUCAAGGAGGAACUGGGAAUUGAAUAUGAUGAAGAUGUUGGUGUGAAUUUGCAAUCAUUCUCGGAGCUCCUUCAGCAUGGGAAGAAGCGGGCCAGAGGCCAGUAACUUAACUCGUUCAUCAACUCAGACAUAGAUUUUGGCAUUUCCCUAGAGAGAAAUUAGUUCCAGAUAUUUGUAGAUUUUUCGUCGUUGUUAGAUCUAAAUCUUUACUUCUGGAUCCUACAGAGUGAGUUUCACAUUUCAUAAGCAUUACAUGCCAAUGUUUUGUCACGAUAUAAAAUGGUGGAUGAUACUAGUUUUAAUAGAAUUACCUUUGAACAAUAUUACAAGCCAAAGCAUUGUUCUAUGAGCUACAUAUUAGAUCACAGUUUGUAACCGUAACCCUUAAUUGAUCUACUUUUUUGCCUGUGGAUGCAUAUGCAUUUGCCUA